UUGUAUGCAAGCGGUAUUUUCUUUCGGCACUCUGGUCGCGAUACUCUUGUCCGUUGGAGCACUUCAAGCUAUCAAGCUGCCUGGUUCGACUCUGCUUGGAACUGACAACGGAAAUAUAUCUUGCGCCACGUACAGUCACUGGCAUUUUACAGUAUAACGUUUUGAUCAAUUGUCUACUGUACGAAAAUCACUUUGUAGGAGAAAAAAGAUGGAACAGAUAUCUUCCACAACACCCCCAGUUGAUGAACUUAAACUUCAUGAAGAGUGGGACGAGUAUGGGAUGAGGGAUUCUCAUAAGGCAUUCGAUGACACUGCAAGGUUUCUUUUAGACAAAGAACCCGCGGCUGAAGACCUACUGGACGACGAUAUCUUAGAUUUAGCCGGUGGGGCUCGGGAUGCUAUCGAAAGGCACAAAGCUACCCUGCCACGCUUCGAGGAUCCACCGAGAGAUGCAUUUUCGGAUUUCACCCUCUCUGGCCCUGCGCCUUCAGAAAAGGAGUCAGAGAAAGCGUCGUUGUUUGGCGGUUUCGGGGAUUCUACGGAAAAGCAGACAAAAGCAUUGGAUGAAGUUCCAGAUACAGAAACACUUGAAGCUGCUCCCAGUAGUCGAGAGAAAGACUCAUCGCCACCGGCGGCACCAUCAUCUUAUGAAUCCAUUUUUUCUUCCUCUGCUUCAUCUCAGCCUCUGAUACAGUCCUCUGCAGGGGGCAGAAAACAUCCACUGGGACAGGAGGGUGAUAGCUUCGGUCUGGGAACUGUUGCACCUGUCUCCCCUCUGUCUCCUCUUCAUUCUCCUGAUUCUUUGGAGGAACUCUCUCUUUCUGACAGCCCCAAUCAAGCCCCCUUUACAUCAGUGCCAUUUGGCUCUGGCCCAGUUCCGUAUGCUAAAGACUACUCUCAAAAGGUCCAGGACAUGCCUUUUGGUGAAGAGGUGAAAAUGCUUGAAUGUAAAACUGGAGUUGACAACUCAAACAUCACAUCAGGCCUAAAUGUUGAUAAUGACAUGUCAAGAGAGCCAAACAAAGAGGGCUUGAAGGCGGCUACCUACUCUGAGAAAGAUAGUGGUCAGUUCUUGAGCUCCUUUAUUUCAAUGGAGAAAGAUCUGGGAUCCAGUGCAGAUCGAUCAGAAUCAUUGUUUUGUGAAGACAGUGGAGUUGCUUCCUCACCUGAUGAGAAGUUAGGCAGUUCAGUGGAGUCUCAGGAUGGGAAAAUGGAUAGUGAUAAGGAAGGGUUUGAUAAAGACUCUGAAUCAGGAGAAUCCACUGGAUCCACUCCAACUCGAUCACCCAUGAAUCUAAACGUUACUACUCAACCUUAUGUUACAUAUGCCUCCUCUAACCCAACAGCAAACUCAGAGGCUCCAUAUCUUGACUCUCAGGACAACAUCAAGGCAAUAGAUGGAACAACUCAAAGCUUGUUUGCUUCAAAGAAAUCUUGGUAUGAGACUGACCUGCUGACAGGCAAAACUAACACAGAUGAUUUUCUAUCUGAGAUGAAGACCUCUUCUGCUUCAAAAAAUCCCUUUCAAGAGUUUUCCCCUAUCUGCGACUCUAAAAGUGGGUUUUCUCAGUAUGGUGAGAUGUGUUCUGACAGUAGGGCUGUAAAAUUGUCUGAAAGUCCUACACCAGACUUAGUGCAAUAUGCACAAGAUGGAGAAACACAAGAGGUCACCUCAACAAAGCAUAAAGAUGAAACGCACUUUGAUUUGGUUCAUAUGGCUUCUGAUUCUUUUUUGGAACCUUCCAAUCCCUCAUUGCCCCUUUCAGUGUCACCUAAAGAGUCUGAGGACUCUACUGCCCAACCUUCUCUCCCAGAUAUCCUAGAGUCAUCUCCUUUGAGCUCUGGCAAACGAGACUCUGAUUUAUCGGAAAGUAGCCCUGAUUCUGAACAGAGCCCAAUUCAGGAACUACAAAUGGAGACCUAUAAUGUCCCUUCUACUCAUUUGGCAAGAAAUCCAUUCGCUUUUGAUACUGACCCCAAAAUGUCAGUUUUGAAGGACAUGUCAGUGGACAUCGGAGCAAGGGGAGCCGAAAAGACAGGGCAUGAUGUUCAGAUGGGUCUUGAGAAAAGUGUUGGUGCCUUUGAUCUAGUGAAGGAGGUGGACAGAUAUGAAUCUGUACUGUGCAUGAACUUGCCAACAGGUGUACCAUUGAAAGCAGCUCCUGAAGAUUCGGAUUCUGAGAGCCUGAACACAGAUUCCUUGUCUCCAGUUUUGGAAGUGAUGGCAAGGAAUCCAGAAAGUUUUCCAGUGGAGAAUGAAGAGAAAAUGAAGGAUUCCAAAGUACCACCGGUGAAGGAGACUAAAGAUUUUGUGGAAAGCGGAAUGUUUACGGAAGAGCCAGAAUCAAGAGAAGUGCUAGAGCAAGAAGUCUCCUCAGAGGAGUUUGAAAUCAUAGAGAGGCCCCCUACGGGCAUCAUAGAUGAGUUUUUAGAAACGCCGGAUCACUCAAAAUUGGCAAAGGCCGCUGACAUUGGUGCAGAUAAUGACAUGUCAAAUUUCAGGCAGGACAAGGUAGUCGUGGAGGUUGGGUCAGAGUUACAUGGAGUUACAUACAGCUCCUACAUGCCGUUAGUCCAGGCGUCACCUGGUGUUGCUCCCCAGAAGACCAAAGCUGAAGUAGGAGACCCAUUUGCUCCCACAAAAGAGUUCACACAUCAAAUCAAAGAGACUCUUGGCCACUUCGCUGGUGAAGACCAUAAUAAGUCCGCUCCCUGCCAGAAGAUGGUAGAGAACGUUGCUCCUGAUAAGGCAGCCCUGUCUGAUGCCUCUAGAGGUGCUGGGUUGCCAAGCCUGAGCUUUGAAGCAGUGGUGGACCUCCUGUACUGGCGUGACCUCAAGAAGACGGGCGCGGUGUUUGGAGCCAGCCUUUUCCUGCUGCUCUCCCUGACCGUGUGCAGCAUCGUCAGCAUCUGCUCCUACGUGGCCCUGGCCCUGCUCUCCGUCACCAUCACCUUCAGGAUAUACAAGGGCAUCCUGCAAGCCAUCCAGAAGUCCGAAGAGGGACACCCCUUCAAGGCUUACUUGGAUCAGGAUGUGGAUCUCUCUCAGGAAGUUGUCCACAAGUACAGCGACAUGACCCUGGCAAGAAUCAACUCCAGCCUCAAGGAGCUGCGCCGCCUCUUCCUGGUGGAGGACCUGGUGGAUUCCCUGAAGUUUGCUGUGCUGAUGUGGAUCCUUACAUAUGUUGGUGCCUUGUUCAAUGGAUUGACUCUCCUCAUCCUGGGUCUGAUUUCAGCAUUCAGUCUCCCGGUUGUCUAUGAAAAAUACCAGACGCAGAUUGAUCAUUACUACGGGCUCUUUAACAACCAAUUCAAAGACAUUGUUGGAAAGAUCCAGGACAAAGUCCCUGGGCUGAAGCGCAAGUCAGAGUGAGGAGCUGCAGCUGGCCAGCACGGCCGGGACAUCUGUGGGGUGGCAGGGGGCGUGGGAAGGGGUGGGGUGAGGGUCAGCACCCUUGACAUUGCAGUGUAAAAUUUCUGUCCAGUUCAGUAGUCCUAGUGUCGUGGAAAACUUAACUCUUGUCAUUGGUUUUCACCAGCUCAAGUAUCUGUCACUGCAUAUUAAAUUAGAUCUAAUUCUUAUUUAUCCUGUUUAAAACACUGGUUUGUAUUUAAGGAGGUAAAAUGUGGUUUGACAGGUUAACACAGCACCCUGUUGGGGUUUGUCUUAUGUCAAGGGAAAAUCGUGGUGAAGCCAGAAUUCUGUUUUUUUUUUUUUUUUUACUUUUAAAGAGGGACUAAACUUAUGAGAUACAAUGGUUCCAUCGUGGCAAAAAAUUAGUAUUGAUUUUUGGUAUGAUAAAAGCGUAGUGGUAUUGUGAUUUUACUGUUUUAUCAAUUGACUCUGUAGUGUUUCACAAAGAGCUUCUAGCUUUCUCCAGCAGCUCCACAGCGUGAUCCAUGUUCCAGAACUGAUCUGAGAGCAGUUCCAUAGCAGUUCCAUAGUAUUUCUAGAAACAUUUAGUAUUUUUGCGAAGAGAUAAAGCAAACAUUUUACUGUCGUCAUUUUCACCUCAUUGCAGCUGCCUAGUUAAAAUUCUGGAGGAACACGUUUACAAACAUCGAUUUAAAAAAACGCCGCUGUGUUAUCUGUGGACCCAAUAUCUAAAGCUGCAAAACUAUGUAACUUGGAAACUUCAAGCAUUGUUUGUCAUGCAAGUAAUUGUGAAUGAUACUUCAUAUAAUUGUGAUGAGUUCUGCUGAGAACUGUCUGUGGAAUGCAUUGUGAAAUGUAAACAAGUACCAAUAAAGCUUAUAGAGGAAUGCUAA